AGUGAUCUUGACACAAAAUUUGGCGCACGUGUUAUACAGUAGAAAUGGCAGAAGAAAAAAUCAGUAAAAAGAGCAAAGACACCAGCUAGCUAGGAUUCUUAAUGAACUUAAGUAAGACAUCUCCAUUUUGGGUGUGUUGGGAGGGACAAGAUGUUUGUUUCUCCUAUGAAGAGAAUUCACCCUUUGGUGCCUCGUCUAUUAAAAACUUUCACCAUCAAGACUGGGGGUUGCAGACCUGCCAACCCUUUUCCUACAAUAAAUCUGUUCCAUGCAUCGGCUUCCCAUAAUUUCAUGUGCUCCAGUGAGUUGAAGCGGCGUCUGAAGACAGAGAAGAAGGAACAGGAAAAGAAAGAGAAGGACAAAAAGGCAGCAGAGAGUCAAACAGAUGCUAAACCAAAACUACAAGAUGAGGAAGAGGAGAUUGAUGCCACUGAAUACUUUGCCCUUCGCUCCAACUCUGUGCGCCAGUGGAAGGAGAACAAUGAGAACCCUUACCCCCACAAGUUUCACGUCAGUAUAUCUCUGACAGAUUUCAUAGAGAAGUACAAUGAUAUCAACCCUGGAGAGACACUGCAGCAAUCUCUAAGUGUGUCUGGUCGUCUCCAUGCCAAGAGGAUACAAGGUCCAAAGUUAAUCUUUUAUGAUCUGAGAGGAGAGGGAGUCAAAAUACAGAUAAUGGCCAAUGCCAAAUGCUACGAAUCCGAGGAAGCUUUUAUGGCCAUUAACGACAAAUUGCGACGUGGAGAUAUAGUGGGAGUUGAGGGAAAGCCAGGUAAGACCAAGAAAGGUGAGCUGAGUAUAGUUCCAACCAAACUGGUUCUUCUAACACCUUGCCUUCAUCAGCUGCCACAUCUGUUUUAUGGAGUCAAAAACAAGGAGACCCGCUUCAGACAGCGCUACCUCGACCUUAUCAUUAACGAAACAACGAGACAGAAAUUCAUUACCAGAGCAAAGAUUAUAAAUUAUAUGCGAAAGUUUUUAGACGAGAUGGGAUUUCUUGAGGUGGAGACUCCCCUGAUGAACAUGAUACCUGGUGGUGCUACAGCCAAACCUUUCAUCACCCAUCACAAUGAUCUCAACAUGGACCUGUUUAUGAGAGUUGCACCAGAACUCUAUCUCAAGAUGUUAGUCGUAGGUGGUAUAGAUAGGGUGUAUGAAAUUGGCCGACAGUUCAGAAACGAGGGAAUAGAUCUAACACACAACCCAGAGUUCACAACGUGCGAGUUUUAUAUGGCAUAUGCUGAUUACGAGGACCUCAUGAAGAUCACAGAACAACUUCUAUCAGGUAUAGUAAAGUACGUGACUGGAGGAUACAAGGUGAAGUACCACCCUGAGGGGCCCGACGGACCAGAGUGGGAGGUAGACUACUCGCCACCCUUUAAGAGAGUCAGUAUGAUCUUUGAGCUAGAGAAAAUCCUUGAUGUUAAGUUUCCUCCAGCCACAGAGUUUUCCUCAGAUGGAACGAAGAAGUUUUUAGAUGGUCUCUGUUUAAAACAUGGAGUGGACUGUUCACCACCAAGAACGGCAGCCAGGUUACUGGACAAGCUGGUGGGAGAGUAUAUUGAGGAGAAAUGUAUCAACCCCACAUACAUCAUAGAACAUCCCCAGGUUAUGAGUCCUCUCGCCAAGUGGCACCGGACAAUUCCAGGGCUUACUGAGAGAUUUGAAUUGUUUACAUGUAAGAAGGAGAUCUGUAAUGCCUACACUGAGUUGAAUGACCCGGUUGUUCAGAGGGAGAGGUUCGCACAGCAGGCUCAGGACAAGGCUGCCGGUGAUGACGAGGCUAUGUUUGUUGACGACAACUUCUGUACCUCCCUGGAGUACGGACUACCUCCCACGGCAGGCUGGGGCAUGGGCAUAGACAGACUUUGUAUGUUCCUCACUGACUCCAACAAUAUUAAGGAGGUGCUGCUUUUCCCUGCUAUGAAACCUGAUGAUCAGAAAAAGGGACCAACGGAAGGAGAGGAAACUCCAGCUGAUAAAACUCCAGCAUCUUAAAACAGAGUUAUCUCUCUUAGGACAUCAGCAUCUUAAAACAGAGUUAUCUCUCUUAGGACAUCGCUGUACAUAUGAUUACAGAUACUGUGAAUGAUGAACCAAGUGUGGAACAAGUGUUAGGGUUUCAUUUUUAAUACGAUUAUCAGGUGCAUAGAAGAUUACCAGUGGAUUUAAAAUUUGAUCAAUGUCAAAGUUCCACAUAUUGUAAGGACAGCUGAACAAGUUCACAGUAAUUCAGAAUAAUGUAAAUUACUGGUGAUUCAUAAGUUAUUUAUUGUCCCAUUAAUUCUUAUUGAAGAGGUGAUCACAGGUUAAACUAUCUGGUGCAUAAUGAUUCAGAAUUUACUAAAUACCUUCCAUAGAAUGAUCGUUGAUUGCCCUUGUAUGGAGAAUUAAACCCCAAUGAAUGAGUUUGAGGAUUUAAAGUAAACAAUUGUUUGUAAAUGGAAGCAGGUUGAUUGUGUAUGAAUAAUUAUGUCUGUCUUUUCUUCUGAAGAAAACAAUUUCGACCAAAAUAAUUAAUAUACAAAUGCGAUUAUGGCAGAUUGUUUCUUGCUUGAUGCUUGCUAGUUGUCACAACCUAGAGGUCAACAGAAAAGUUACUGACAGCAAUAAUGUGAGACAAAGCUGAUAAUUCAUGGGGUCAGUUAAAAUUUCAUGAUUCCUAUUUGAAAAUUUGACAUACUUUAGUUUGUCAACCUUCAAGAAAUGCUUAUGUUCAUCGGAACAGGAGAGGAGUGGUGUAAAGGGCAUUAUAAUUGUGAUUAAAAGAUAAUUUAUCCAUGAUGAUGCAUAUAAUGUAAGAUUAUAAUGAAUUUCUUUCAGGAAAGCAUUGGUGCAUUUGAAAUAUGUCUCUGUAUGUGUAUUAGUAUUGAUUCUGAUAAAAGUCCACCCAUGUACAUGUGUUACAGCAUAAUGAUCAGAACAGUUUCUUGCCCGUCAGAUGUGGUUCAGGAGAGCACCAAGGAUAUUCAGUAUGUUGUUGGUAUUUCGUGAGAUGUUUUAUAAAAGAUGGCACACUGUAGACAUGUGUGGGUGUGAUUGCCGUCAUGUGUUUUGACAUGAUACAUACAGCAGUCAGCUUAACUAUUUAUUAUAAAGAAAUGCUGACUAAGAAUUUUACAUGUAACUUAUUAUUCAUGAACAUUUAUUUCAAUUAUUUGUUAGGUUUUCUCUCCUGAUAAGAAAAAUAAAAGUGCUCUAUUCA